AUGAAGAACCAAACAACGAUCUCCAGCGUUCUUCUCAUGAGUCUAUCGGAUAAUCAUAAGAUCAGUUAUGUCCUCUUCAUCAUCUUUCUCCUCAUCUACCUGAUGACCUUCUUGACCAACUUUCUUAUCAUCCUACUAGUUCUUACUUGUGCUCAUCUUCACACACCCAUGUAUUUCUUUCUUGGAAACUUAGCAUUCUUGGACAUGUCCUACUCAUCGGUCACUGCCCCAAAGAUGCUCUUUCACCUCAUCACCCAUCAUUGGUCCAUCUCCUUCUCAGACUGCAUAGCACAAAUGUUCUUUGUCAUCUAUUUCGGAAGCUCUGAGAUUUACUUGUUGUCCUCCAUGUCCUAUGACCGGUAUGUAGCCAUCUGCCGCCCUCUCCACUACUCUCAGAUCAUGUCUUGGAGUACCUGUACUCAGAUGGUGUCUUUGGUUUGGUCUUAUGGUCUCCUCGUGCCCAUCAUUUACACUUUAUGUUUAAGAAGGUUGACAUUUUGUGGUCCCAACUUCAUCCAGAAUUUCUUUUGUGAUCUGCCCCAUUUGCUCCAGAUUUCUUGUACUGAUACUUCCAUCAAUGUUCUACUCUUAAUAGUUGUUGGGGGUCUUCUGAGUGUUGCAGCCUUUGUUGCCACAUUUUACCCGUAUGUCAGAAUUUUUAGCACAGUCUUUAAAAUUCGCACCAGUGAUGGAAAACGUAAAGCUUUCUCCACCUGUACGUCUCAUCUGACUGUGGUCUUUAUAUUUUACGCAUCAAUAACUUUUAUCUACUUUGUUCCUAACACAAGUAAUCUUCUUACAUUGAACCAAGUAGUCACUGUGAUAUAUGCACUAAUCACCCCCUUACUAAACCCCUUAAUCUACAGCCUAAGGAACAAAGACCUGAAAGUCGCACUGAGAAGAACGUUACAUAUAGAUGGUACAAGAAGACGCACAUGA